AUGGCACACCACCCCCACCUAGCUGAUGCAAAGGAUGCUGUCCGUACUAGUACUUACUCAAAAGUACUGUUGAACUAUCAAUCCAAGGGCCUCCCAAGCGGUCACACUCACAGGCUAGUACUGUGGAAGGUCCGGAGACCAGUGAAACACAAACUGCCAAGCCGGAAAGACUUACCCACUGGUUUUGGAGGCCCAAAAAACAUGUCAAGCGAGCUCAAGAUCUCGUGCAACACCAAAAUUACCCAUCCAAGAGCAUCGCAAACCCUUGGGUUCCUCCUGGCUGAUAAGAUACACUGGUCCACUGAAGAAGUCAUCAUGCUGGGGCAAGCUGUUGUUGGGCACGUUCUGUGGGGACGGAUGGGGCUGGUUGUGGCCGAAUUGGGCAUUGCUGUGGGCCUUGGGACCCAUACAUCAUGGACGCGGGGUGUAGGGAAUGAAGAGAAGAGCGAGCGAGAAGCUACGAGCAAGCGCAUGGCGAAUCCUAGGAAGUAUAUGGACCUCAUACAUAAUUCAGACGUGCAAAUCAUGUUUUCUGAUAUGAUCCCGUUGUCGGAUUAG